AUGUCAGCAGGAACCCUCUACACCUUCAUCGGCUCGGGCAACAGCUACAAAGUGCGCCUGCUCGAAGCCCUGCUCGGCAUCAAGCUGCAGCACGUCGAACUCGACUUCCUAGCCGACGAGCAGCACCAGCCGACAUUCCUCGCCAUCAAUCCUCGCGGCGAAGUCCCAUGCCUCGUAGACGGGGACAAAAUGUUCGCCGACUCGAGUUCCAUUUUGACCUGGCUGGCGGGCAAAUGGGGCGACGGCGGGAAGCAGAAUGGGCCGUCGUCGUACUGGUCGAGUGAUUUGUACGAGCAGGCGCAGAUAAUCGACUGGCUCUCCUUCGCCAACAGCUGGGUGCAAUACGGCGUCUUCACCAACCGCGCCAUCCUCUCGUACAACGGCCCCUACAACGGCCUAGACAACAACCAACAAUGGCCGCAAGAAAAACUCGACGUCUUCCUCGAAGAAGGCGAGCUGCGCGGCAACUACUCGCUCAAAGUGCUGAACAAACAACUGGAUAAGAACGACUGGCUCGUCCUAGGGCGCCCGACCAUCGCCGACAUUAGCGUGUUUGUGUACAUUGCGCUGGCGGAGAUGGGCGAUAUUAGUCUGCAGCCGUACCCGAAUGUGCUGGCUUGGAUUGAGCGGAUUAAGAAGUUGCCGGGCUUUUUUCCGAUUGAGGGGUUAGAUGAUGCGUUGUUGCAUGUGGAAAGGUGGAAGUCGGCGGGGAGGAGUGCGCCGCGGAAUGUGAAGAAGUAG